CGCCUUCUCCAGCGCGCUGAAAAAUGACACAUCCGGUUUACCCGGAAGUAAGCAUAAUUCCCAAAGAUGGCGGAGCAAGGUCCGAUGGCCAUAGCGAUGCGGCUACGAAAUCAGCUCCAGUCCGUCUACAAACUGGACCCGCUGAGGAACGAGGAGGAGGUGAAGUUGAAGAUCAAGGACCUGAACGAACACAUCGUCUGUUACCUGUGUGCGGGCUACUUCAUCGAUGCCACGACAAUUACUGAGUGUUUGCACACCUUCUGUAAAAGUUGUAUCGUUAAAUACCUGCAAACGAGUAAAUACUGUCCCAUGUGCAACAUCAAAAUCCACGAGACGCAGCCCUUACUCAACCUCAAGCUGGAUCGAGUCAUGCAAGACAUCGUCUACAAACUGGUGCCUGGACUUCAGGAAAGUGAAGACAAAAGAAUAAAAGAGUUUUAUCAGUCGCGUGGGUUAGAGAGAGUCAUCCAACCUGCAGGGGACGAUUCCGUACCCGAUGCUGCAGGUUUACCGUACACAAGCUUUGACCAUUCCAAAGCUCACUUCUACAGAUAUGACGAGCAGGUUUCCCUCUGUUUAGAAAGGCUAAGUCCGUCGUUUGCUGGAAAAGACAAGACAAAGUUGACGCUUCAGCAGAAGUUUGUCCGCUGUUCUGUCCGCGCUGAAGUCAGACACCUACGGAAAGUGCUGUGUCAUCGGCUAAACGUGGAGAAACACCAGGUCCAGAUGUUGUUCAAUAACGAGUCCCUGCCCGAUCACAUGACCAUGAAACGAUUAUGGCUCUCACACUGGUUUGGCAAGGCUCAGCCGUUAGUGCUUCACUACACCAUCAAGGACAAAAGGAGCAGAUAGGAGUGGUUUUUCAGUCGGAGGAAAGCUGUACAUAUUUUGUACAAUACAUAUUCUAUUUUAAUAGUGUUUGUGUACAUAUACUUAUUUUCCUUGUUUUGUAUUUUUUGAGAAUAAAUUUUAAAUGGGAAAAACUA